AUGAGCCUGUGGCAAUUGCCCGGGCUUUGACAUAAAAUUCACAGCUUUUCUGAUGUGCUCCCUGCUCAGUCCUUGUGGCUGACUUUCUUCCCCUGCCUUUCACGUUGUCCAUUUGCACACUACCAACGGCGUGUCGAUGGCUCAAAUGCCGGUCUUCGUCAAGCUGGCCAACCGAUCGAGAAAGCGGUCCCAUCGAGACGCGUCUCUGCUCCACUCGAGGAGACGGCCGUCUUUGCCCACAAUGAUGAAACCCGACGGGAAACUUCGACCUCAUAGCCUAGCCCUCGAGCUUUGCGCUGAUGAAACGUCAUAUUUCUGCUAUCCAUCAAGACUGGCAUCCAGCCCACUCGCCGUCACACAAGCCUUCAUGUCCUCACAGCGUGUGCUAACUUCUCAACACGUCAGCGAUGUCUCGUUCGAGCGGCAACCGACGCUGCGGUCGCGAUCACUCACGUGCGUCGAUGGACCGACACCCUGGACGACACCCUCACCCGCUUGCAUCGACCCGAUACCCGCGCACGAAAGAGUCACUCCCCCUCAACCACAACUCCUUCCUCCUCCCAAACCAGAACGCGCGAGCAUCGGCUUGGAACGUGGACAAGAGCGGGUUGCGAGGUGUGCGCCAGACGUGCAGGGUUGUCGGAAGACGGGGUAUGGCGGUGGAUUUGGGCUCGGCUUGAUGAAUCGUCUCACUGCUAUCCUUCUGUGGAUGAAGAAGAAAGCAGGGUGUGGGCGCGGCAGGCGGUAUAUAUACUUGCGAGAAGCGACAUGAGCGAAAAUUCGAUCUCUGUCAUGGCAAAUGAUGACUCCGGCUCCACUUUCGAUCCCGUGGUUGUAGUUUUUGCAUGUUGACAUUUGU